AUGGCGGGUUCCCUGCGCUCGUGCUCCCCGUCUCCGGGCUCUACGAGGCCUUCUCUCCGGCCGCUGCUGCGCCUGGUCUCCCCGCGUUCGUUCCUCUCUGCGCGGCCUCUCUCGCCGAGUAGUGUCAGUUAUUUGGGCAGCCACGUUCAGUUCGGCAGGUUGCCCUCCCGUCGAGGUUUCUCUGCGGUUGCUUCUGUUCCAGUCUCCGCUGACGGUACAUCACCAGUUUUGAUCGUGGAGGACGACAAGUAUGCGAGGAAACGAGUGAUCAGGCUCACGCCUGCCCUGUACAGCUACCUCAUGGCCAACGUCCGCGAACAGCCGGUACGCUACCCCGACGGCCGCAGUUUCUUUCUCCGUUUGUACGUUAUUGCUUGCUGUGUGCGCAUCUUCAUUCCUUAUGUUUACUGUUGCGCAACUUCUAUCUUCGUCUUUGGCCGGUAAUCAUCUGAGGAUUUGGGAGUCGUCUUCAGAUUCUUCGGGAGCUCAGGGAAGAGACCGCGACGAUGCAUGGGAGCCAGAUGCAGGUAGGUAGAAUUUUAUUUAUCUUUUUUCUUCUUCGUGGUGAAGUAGUUGUGGCGCUUUGAUUCUUCAUGCGUAUUCUUGUUGAUGCAUACAUUGUGGAAGUAUACUUCCCCACAGUUGCGAAGGCGUGUACGGUUGUAACCGCUGGCAUUGAUCAUUGACGCCGCCAUAAGUAUCAGCCUGCAUCUUUGCCUCCCAUCUAUCCCAUUUGUUAGCCCGAGUAAUUGGUUGAAUCCCAUACCCAAGGGUUGUAAAAUGUGAAAGAAGGUGGUUUGUGAGAGAGUGUUAUUGUGGCAGUUGUGAAGGCCUGGUAGGUGGAUGUGAACAAGAGGGAAGGGGGGACAUUAAAUAAGAUUCUGAUGUAUGUCCAGCCUCCUUCAUAGAUUUUGAUUAGCUGUCAAAUGGGGUUUUGAACUACCAAAUCCAGUUUUUAAGAAUGAACUGGAUUGUAAAAUCAGGAAUUUGGUAUCCAUUCAAGGCUCUUUCUAUAAAUUUUCCGGUUCAUCUUCCCUAGUUUCAUCACCAUUUCUAUUUUUUUUCUCCAUACGCAUCACUGCCUGCGGCAUGCCAGAAACUUCUAUAAUCACUUCGAAUUUUGGAAAACCAGGUGAAGUUUUUAUGGGUUCAUUAUCUAGAACAGAUGCUGAGAAAAAUAACAACAUGCCAGUGCUUUUGUCCUGGGAUGGCCAUAGCAUUUGUACUCUGAUCUAGUGUCUGGUCUCCCUUUGAUGGUCACCCUACACUGGGGUCUCACCUUUGAUGACUAUCCUACACUGUCGGGGGUAACAUCAGGGAUACCAACUAUGACCUUUCUUUGCCACCAGACUUUCUCUUAUGAUUUUUCUAAUGACAGAGAUUGAGUAGCCUUUUGGGUGUUUAAUUUAGAGGAGAAGAUGGAGAUCCUCUACAGUGUAGUCCUGAGAUAGAGGCUUCUGGAUCGCUGUUGGAUGAGUUGCUUGCAAUCUGGGGGGAGGACCCUGUGAGUGGUGGCUGAGUUACUGCAUGGAGCCUACAUUUUUGGCCUAGUAGUUGUUUAAAUUAUGAGUACACAAGAACCAGUUUGAACCCAACCUAUGAAAGUCCAACGUAGUAUGCAUAAAUUUUUGUUAAUUGGUUUGAUUUCCCUAUUGAUUUUACUUGGUAUAAUUCCUCAAAUGGUUAUCUUGUGUCCACAUGUGAGUGUAUUUGAACCCUAAAUUUUCUUUUGGCAACUUUUAGGUCUUGACUCUCCUGGGCGCAUGAAUGUUGGAGUUUUUUUCUGCUUGCACCUGGGCACAAAUCACUGAAAACUCCCAUCCAUCAUUCUUCUAUUCACCUCUUUCAUAAAUUCAAAGAGGUCAACAAUGUCUUCGGGCAUGUACACAUUUUGGACAUCUAAUUGCCAUCUUGAAUGCAUUGCUUUGUUAUAAUUCAAUAUUCUUUUUCCUUUGGUGCGGAUCUUGUUAGCCGUUCUAUUCCUGUCCGAGCAAGGGAUACUGAGUAAUGGGGGUUCCCAUGACAAGAUCAGUAUCAUUUAUUCAAAUCAUGACACCUGUGGACACUUGCAUUUUGUCUUCCAUCUUUCUUGUAGAAACUGAACCUCCAGAAUCGAAAUAUGCUAGUGGUUUCUUCCUAUCCUACUGCAGAUGAGAUUAGAAUUUCUAGUGUCUUCGUUUGAGGAGGUUCUGCUUAUGGUCAGUGCUAUUAAUUUCAGUAGAUGACUCAAUAUCUUGGCCAUAACUCAAACUGGGGCUGGCAAUGGUUCCUUUUUUCCCAUUUAUGCCUACAACCAACUGUUUCUAGCCCAAACCAUGAUGCACUGAGAUAUGCAUGCUGGGCCCAUCAGUUAUAUCAAAAUACAUACGACGGUAUUUAGCAUUAUAAAAUAUGAAAAUUUUAAAGAAAACAAAAAUUAUGUUUCUUGGACAGUUUGUAAUAGUUUUUGAAUGUUCUACUCGCUGAGAAAAGCUUCAAUUAAUUAUUUUUGGAUCACUGUUUUUUCCUGUUGGGAGUAAUUUUAUUUAUUUAUUUUAAAAUCUGCUGACUUCAUAUCAUGCAACAUACUAUCACCUGUUGUAGUCAAGUCUGAUCCAUUCAGUUCAGAUUAUUGUAUUCCUGGGUCAUAUCUUGACAGUUUCUACCUACUUUCUUGCCAUUCUGAUUGCCGUUCCGCCUGUUUGAUCGGCACAUCUGGGAAGGAGGUAUCUGGUUGCAUUGGUUGCACUUGUUUAGUCAUGUCUCCAAUCCCGUUUACCAAGCAUUUGAUAGAGGAGCUCUUAUUGCCUUGUGGUUCCUUCUCCCGUCCAACUCUUUGAAUUCAUUCCACUUAGGUUAUUGUUUUCAAUAGCUACAAUUGUAUACCUUGAAAAUUUCUUUCAUAUUUUCUCUCUAAGAUUUCUCCAUAGUUUUUGGGAUUUAAGUCUUCUUAAGUUGAUUUGUACAUAAUCGAUAUUUUAAAAUCAUGGAUGUAAUCAUCAGAUACGUUUUCCAACUUGAGCUUUCUUCAUCCAACUUUUUUUGUAGGUGUCCCCGGAUGAGGCACAACUUCUCUCAAUGCUUGUUCAGAUUCUUGGAGCCCAACAGUGUAUUGAAGUUGGUGUUUAUACUGUAUGUAGUCAUCCAUCCUCCCAUAUCUCUCCUUUUCUAAAUGUAAAAUGUGAAAAAUUAUAUCUUGUAUUACUUUGGAUUUAUGUUUGAAUGUAUUUUUUUCAUAAAAAAUUCUCCUGAAUGUCUUCAUAAUUUAAUAGUGGCAUUUUCUCUAGGUAGUUCUUGAAUCACAAUUUUUUUUUUUUCAUGAUCAGCACUUCUGGUAGUCUUAGGAAAGUAGUAGCUAACUGGACAAGGAGUUAUGAUAGGUGUAGUUCCACUGGUCAUUGGUGAUUUUUUUUUCUUUUGUGGUGGUGGCCUUGUCACAUAACUCUAAUGGGGAGAGAUUUCGGACACCAUACAUAUGAGGUUGUUGUCAGCACGAAUGCUCCAUUUUGGGGCUAUAUAGUUCAACUGUGGGGAUCUGUGCUGUGCUAUUGAUGAUUAAUAAACCUGUUGCAGCUUCCCAAACUCAGGUAUAGCGUGGCUGGCUUCAAGUGAUUUUUGUGUGUUUCUAUUCAUGGCCAACUAUCGAGAGGAAUCUUGGCCAAAAGUAUGUGUCAGAACGUUGCUAGAAAAUGUAUGAUACUUGUAAUCCGUCUCUUUGUGCGAAAACUGUGUCCCUAAUUGGGUUUGAUCAGAUGAAGUAGCAUAGAACGCUGAGAUGUUCUGAUGGGUUUGAUCAGAUGAAGUCUGUACCAAAUCGCAAGCACCAAUUUUGAGUUCAACCUUGAGGAUUUUAUUACCAGCAUUUCUAACAUUCAUCUGAAUCUUUUUAUAGGUUUCUGUCAUGUUGAAAUGAAUGAUCUCUGCCCACAUAUUUUGUGGUCUGGCCAUCCAAUCUUCACUUAUCUGUGCACUUUUAUCCCGAAUCGCAUUAUGAGGGGUCUUCCACUUUUCUUAAUCAUGGAACUUUCUUUUGUAAUUGUAGUCGAGAUAACACACUGUCUGGAGCUCUGAUAGGCGCCCAGCACUCGUGGAAGAAGGACUCUAACUUUAUUGAUCAAAAAACUGUUUACAAGGAGAGCGGGAUCUAGUAUUUAUACCAGAUUCCUAGAAGGUUCUAGACACACUGAUGUAACACGAAAUGAAAGGUACAUGAGGACAUAUAUGUAAACUUGUGAGGUAUACAUGUUAUUGAGUACAUCUCGACAACAGUAAUAAAUAUAAUCUUUGAUCACUCUUCAGGCAAUCUUGAAUGAUAUGACCAACAGGGGAUACAUAGAAUUGUUUCUGCUGUAGGAAAAAUGCAGACACUUUUAAUCAGAUGCACUCCUUUUUUCUCGCCUUGAAGAAGAGAAGAGACAGUUACUGUCCAUUCCUUUUAUCCAUUUUGUGGGAUAAAGGAUGGAUGAAAAAAAAAAGUCCAUUCAAAACCUGUUAACGAAUUGCCCUCUGUAACUGCAUUUAAUGAAGGGCCACUUGCAGGGGCUCAUAAAAGGGAAGGGAUCUGUGACUUACUGUUCUGUUCAUAUUGAUUAUCAGAUAUUUGAGCAGAUAUUCUCCACUAUUUGCUGCAUCGUCGAUAUUGCUUCAAACAUGAAUUUGCAAUCUGAUGCUAUUGUAUUAAGGAAAGCAAGACCAUCCUAUUUGUCCUGCCACCCGUGGCAGGAAAGAAGAAUAAUAAUGAAAAGAAGGCGAAGGGAAAUGGAGACGGCUGCUAUCCGUUCUUCUUCUCAUCCUUCUAUUUGUCCUCAUCGUUGUCCUUCCUCUUCUUGUUUACCAUGGUUUGGAUCUUGUCAGAAUCAUCUGCUGACCGGUUAAUCACAUAGAUAUUGAGAGAUGAAUCAGCGGCACUGCCUUACAGUUAAUGCAUAUGAUGAAAUGUUUUUUAGCCUCAUACUAUGCCAAGAGAACAUAAAUUCGCGGCAUCCUCAAGAGCAUAAGUUUUCUGUAUUUCUCCCCGUUUUUCUGUGGGGUUCUGUUAUUCAUAAUCAGUGAGACAAAGAACGGGGCAAGUCACUAAUAUUAGAACUGAAACCACCUUAUGACCCAUAGGAGGCGAUAAAGACGAACCAGGUAGAGGAAGAGAGAAAAACGAGAGACUGACACGCAGGAAAAUGCAUUUCUAUUUGGUUCAGCCAUUCCUGCAUCCAUGGCCAAACAGAGUUCACUACAUUGAAGGAGUGAAAGGUUGUGGAGUAACUGACUUGGGUUGGGAAGUCAUUGAUUCCCAUAAUCCUGCAGCCCAGCAAGUAAACACCAAACAAUAUUACCCUCAGGUGGAAACCUGAGAUUGUCCAUUCUUUCAUUAAGCUCUGUCAAAUAAAGGUAGUCCGUAUGUGCUGUGGCCCAUGAUCACGGCCUGUGUUCUGUCACUAUCUUGGAUUGUGCAACGACAUUCUCCUGGCCAUAAUGCAGAGACAAAAGGAGUAUCCUCAUAGAUGAGGAAGACGGAGGAGGUGGCGGUUGAUGUGCAACUUAGCUAUUGCUUAUUUUCUCACAUCUAAACUUGAAUUCACUAGCUGCCAGUUUUGAGUUAAUUUCUUUAUUUUUGUGUUUCUCACGGAUUAUGAUAUUUACAUUCACAAUGCUUUCAUUCUUGUAGGGGUACUCAUCACUAGCCAUUGCUUUGAUCCUGCCUGAGUCAGGUCGCUUAGUUGCAUGUGAAAAAGAUGCGAGAUGCCUGGAAAUUGCGAAAAAAUACUAUGAGCGUGCCGGUGUCUCUCACAAGGUGAUGGCCUUAUUUUUAUUGGGGGUCUGGCUGGGCAUGUUCUUCUACCUUGGGUUCAUAGGGUACGGAGUUUAACAUCUGUAAGAAAGUGCUCAUUCGCUCGAGACUUGAAUUUUACCAUUUUUGUGGAAAAUCUAAGAAUAAGGCCAAUAAAACCAAUAUUCCAUAGUGCAUGUAAAUAAAUAUAUACACAAUUUUCAAGCGGCAUCAUAUAUGGUAUCCUUUUUAAUUAUCUUCUGAUGCUAUUGGUCUAGGUGGAUGUGAGGCACGGAGAUGCAGCUGAUACUUUAAGAGCCAUGAUUCAAAAUGGGGAAUCUUGUAGGUAUGUAUGUUCAAGGAAAGCAUUAAUAAUUUCACCGCAAAUUCUUCCUAACAGAGAAAUAUCAUAUUCACCAUUGCUUUAUGCUGCUCUCCACUCAACUAUCAUGAGUUUUUGCUUCAUAUAAUGACUUAUAGCUGGUAAGCCACUUGGCCCGAGUCAUCCCUGUGGUACUUUAGCCACAUCUAAGCAUGGGUUUUCAUGAGAGGAAGGGAGAGGUGAACUACGUAGGAUGGAGUUGAGGAAUGAUGAGAAGAUACCCCAUGGGAGGAGAGGGGUGCGAAAGGUGGCAGGUGAUGAUUUGUCUCUUCUUCUCCGCAAUUCUUCUUCGUUAUUUGUCACUUCUGGGCUCUCUCCCUCGUCUUCCUCUACUAUCUGCCUUCUGAUAAGUAGAGAGAGGUGAGAAAAUGACGUAUCAUGGGAGAGAGUGAAGGAUUGACUAAGAGAGGCGGGGGUAGGCAUUGUGGGUUUGGUUGAGGGUGUCUGGUGCAGGAUUGGAAUGAUACAUUGAUGGAAAGUGAGAGGGUGAGUCAUGGUGAUCUAGAGAUCAGAUAGAAGGUAUAGCCCACUCAGGAAACUGUAUGACUAUGACUCAGGCGAUAAUUGCCGUUGUUGUUGGUCAACGGACUGAAGUUCAGAACACACAUUACCAUUACCAGCCUUUUUACUGCAUUUUAUUCCCAUUUCAAGUAAAAAAUGGUUUAAUAUUCAAUUUCUAGCUGACCUAUCUGGUUUCGAUCUUGAUUGCAUCAGAUGUGCCCACUCUGAUGGCCUGAUCUUAUUUGGACCACCAUGGUUCAGAGGAGAGGAACAAAGCCAGGAAUAUUUCCUUUAAUUUCUCCAAACCAUGGACAUUAUUGGGUGAUUUCUCAGGAUUUCCAAAGCUUAUCAUGCAAAAAAGAUCUUACUUUUUUUCAUAUACUACUUUUGCAUUUUCUGAAUCCUCUGUUGUUUUUAAGAUUUUUGUUUUUUCAUUCUCUAUAACCUGCUCAUGAUCAAUCUCCUGAUUGUUUUUUUUUAAAAUAACAUGGAAAUCACCAAUAUGAAUGGAUAUGAUCGUUUAUUUUUUAAUUUCUUUUUGGGCAUUUUCUGUAACUUUCGUAUUUUAAUUAUCUCACUAAUUUGGCCGCAUUUUUGCUUUAGUUAUGAUUUCGCGUUUCUUGACGCGAACAAGAGAGCCUACGAUCAGUACUUUGAGAUGCUACUUGAACUGGUACUUUUCUUAUCUGACCAUCUCGUGUGUAGCCCACAUAUGAGCAGACGUUGACCCCAAGUUUCUAUAAAUGGAUAGAUACCGCGACAUCAUCAAUAUUUUUUUCUCUCUCUUUUUGCUUAUUAUCGGUUCAUUUCAGCUGCCCAGAAGCUGAACAAUUUUAUUUUUUGAAUAAAAUAUUCGCCCAGAUAUUGUGGGAUUCUAAAGUUCAGCAUUAUAUAAUAAUAAUAAAAUUAAUAUGAUUUCAUCCGCACCGUACAGGUGAAGGUUGGGGGGGUUAUUGUGAUCGAUAACGUCUUGUGGCAAGGAAGAGUGGCCGAUCCGCUGGUACUUUACUGAAACCCAUCUGAAUUCUCUGUGGAAAGAAAAGGGUCUCCUGUUCUUGACCAGCUUCUGCAUCAUCGAUUCCUCCUGGGCAGGUGGACGACCCCAAAACAGUCAGCAUCAGGGACUUCAAUAGUAAGAUUCUCAGAGACAGCCGGGUGAACAUCAGCAUGGUGAUUCCCUUCCUCAUCCUUUGUGUUCUUAGGGUUUGGUUUCCUUCUUCUCACUCUGCUUAUGAUUUUAUGAAAUAUAUAUAAAUAUAUAUAUUAUUUUAUUUUAUUUUUCUGGGUCUUUUUCUUUUUUUCUGAUUUUUGUGGUUUGUAGGUGCCGAUUGGGGAUGGAAUUACCAUGUGCAGAAAGAUUUGGAGUUGA